UAUCGGAUGCAGACGGCAGUGAAGGCGGCUUCCAGCUGAAGAAAGAACAUGCUCUCCGAGUGCUGGGCUACAUCAGCUCCUGGACACAGAGGCAAUGUCUCUGCUGCUUCAAGGAGUACAAGCACCUGGAGGUUUUCAACCAGCUGGUCUUCGCCCUCAUUAACCUGGUCAUCACCCAGAUCAGCAGCCUGAGAGACCGCCUCUGCAGCAUCCAGGGCCACACCCAUAAAGGAGGCGCAUCAGGGGGUGAGGGCGCGGGCUCUGAAUGGAGCGGGGGCGAAUCUGCACCCGGACCCCUCCCACAGCCGUCCUCACCCGGGGAGGACGAACCUGUGAAUGUGGAGAGAGACUCUGCGGAAGAGGAUGCUGACACACCCGACCUGAACCAGAAUAAGACCCCGGGUCAGGGGGCCAGCCAGCAGGGUGAAGCCCAGAUGGAAGCACUGGGGCCUGUGGAGAGCGGAAGUGGGUGCGGGGGAGGUAACGGCGGCGACGGGGCCGCCGGCAGCGACUGUCAGGACCCGUUCAGCUCCUGGAGCACAGAAGAGAGGGAGAAACUGCUGCUGUGUGCUGCUAAGAUCUUCCAGAUCCAGUUCCCCCUUUACACAGCCUACAAACACAACACACACCCCACCAUAGAGGACAUAUCCGCUCACGAAAGCAACAUCCUCGGCUCCUUCUGCGACAUGAACGACGUGGAGGUGCCGCUGCAUCUGCUGCGUUACGUCUGUCUGUUCUGCGGGAAGCACGGCCUCUCCCUGAUGAAGGAGUGCUUCGAGUCGGGCACGCCGGAGAGCCUCCCCUUCCCCAUCGCCCACGCCUUCAUCACCAUCGUCUCCAACAUUCGUAUAUGGUUGCACAUUCCCGCGGUCAUGCAGCACAUCAUACCGUUCCGUACCUACGUAAUACGGUACCUGUGUAAGCUGUCGGACCAGGAGCUGCGGCAGAGCGCGGCACGCAACAUGGCCGACCUGAUGUGGAGCACGGUGAAGGAGCCGCUGGACAGCGCGCUGUGCUUCGACAAGGAGAGCCUGGACCUCGCCUUCAAAUACUUCAUGUCCCCCACGCUCACCAUGAGGCUGGCCGGACUCAGCCAAAUCACUAAUCAGCUCCACACGUUCAAUGACGUCUGCAACAACGAGUCCCUGGUGUCCGACACAGAAACGUCCAUAGCAAAGGAACUCGCCGACUGGUUGAUUCACAACAAUGUGGUGGAGCACAUAUUUGGACCCAAUUUGCACAUUGAGAUCAUUAAACAGUGCCAAGUGAUCCUGAAUUUCUUGGCUGCAGAGGGCCGACUCAGCACGCAGCAUGUGGACUGUAUCUGGGCUGCAGCGCAGCUGAAACACUGCAGCCGCUACAUCCACGACCUUUUCCCCUCACUCAUCAAAAACCUGGACCCAGUGCCUCUCCGCCACGUCCUCAACCUGGUGUCCGGCCUGCACCCCAGCGCCCACACAGAGCAGACGUUGUACCUGGCCUCCAUGCUGAUCAAGGCCCUGUGGAACAACGCGCUGGCAGCAAAGGCCCAGCUCUCCAAACAAAGCUCCUUCGCCUCCCUGCUCAACACCAACAUCCCCAUGGGCAACAAGAAAGGUUCACCGGCCGCGAGUCCGGACAGCAGCGACAACAGUGACACGCAGCACAGCGGAGGCAGCGACAUGGAGAUGGACGACCAGAUGAUGACUGGCAGCAAGAGGAGCCAGCAGAGGCUUUCUGACACAGAGGAGUCGAUGCAGGGCAGCUCGGACGAGACGGCCAACAGCGUGGAGGAAGGCAGCAGCGGGCCGGGCAGCAGCAGCGGCCGCAGUGAGGCCUCCAGCAACGAAGCCGCCUCCAGCAGAGCCAGCCAGUCAGCAGGGAGCCCCGGCAGCGAGAUGCACUCUGACGACAUGGCAGACAGCGAGGCCUUAAAGGAGGAGGAGGAAGACGACGAAGAGGAAGACGACGAGGAGGAGGAUGACGACGAUGACGAAGAGGAUGAAGACGAGGUGAACCGAUCUGCUGCUGAAGGCAGUCAGCAGAAGGAGUCCCGGGAGCAGCCGGAAUCCAGGAAAAGGAAAGCGGGGGAUGCGCUCGGCGAAGGGUCGAGUCAGGGGGCGGGGCCUAGUGGCACAGGGGGCGGGGGCAAACCCAAGGUUCUGCCCUUCAACCCAGAGACUUCUGCUGUCAUGGCUACAGCCGCGUCAGCAUCUGUCGAAGGCCGCAUGAGGCUGCUGGACGCCUGCUCUGCGUCAUCUCGGCCUGAGGGGGCGGAGCCCCAGCAGCAGCCACUGGACAUCGGCCCCUCCCAGAUGGUGCAGGGGCCUCAGGAGCCGCCCUGUCUGCCCCGGCCAGGGGACUUCCUGGGAGAGGCCAUGGGCAGUGACCUCUUUAACUGCCGCCGCUUCAUCGGACCCCAACACCAUCACCACCACCACCACCACCAUCACCACCAUCAUGAAGGUCCCAUGGUGGAGGACAUGCUGAGUGCCGACGAUGUGAGCUGCAGCAGCUCCCAGGUCAGCGCCAAGUCAGAGAAGAACAUGGCGGACUUUGACGGCGAGGAGUCGGGCUGCGAAGAGGAGCUGGUCCAAAUCAAUUCCCACGCUGAGCUCAGCUCCCACCUCCAGCAGCACCUCCCCAACUUGGCCUCCAUCUACCAUGAGCACCUGGUGCAAGGUCCAGCUGUUCACAAGCACCAGUACUCCAGCAGCCACGCCGUGACUGACAUCAACCUGGACAACGUCUGUAAGAAGGGCAACACUCUGCUGUGGGACCUGGUGCAGGACGAGGACGCGAUCCACUUGUCUGAAGGUUUGAUUAAUGAAGCGGAGAAGCUGCUGUGUUCGCUCGUCUGCUGGUUCACCGACAGACAGAUCCGCAUGCGCUUCAUCGAGGGUUGCCUUGACAACUUGGCCCAUCACAGGUCCGUUGUGGUUUCCUUGCGUCUACUACCCAAACUAUUUGGCACUUUUCAGCAGUUCGGCUCAAGCUACGACACUCACUGGAUCACCAUGUGGGCUGAGAAAGAGCUGCACAUGAUGAAACUGUUCUUCGACAACCUGCAACACUACAUCCACGAAGUCCGAGAGCAACGGCACAAGUUUGCACUGUACAGCCACAGUGCGGAGGUCCAGGUCCGCCUGCAGUUCCUCACCUGUGUCUUCUCUACGCUGGGAUCUCCAGACCACUUCAGACUGAGUCUGGAGCAGGUGGACAUCCUGUGGCACUGUCUGGUGGAGGACGCCGAGUGUUACGAUGACGCGCUGCACUGGUUCCUCAAUCAGGUCCGCAGCAAGGACCAGCAUGCAAUGGGCAUGGAGACCUACAAGCACCUCUUCCUGGAGAAGAUGCCUCAGCUGAAGCCAGAGACCAUCAGCAUGACAGGCCUCAACCUCUUCCAGCACCUCUGUAACCUGGCCCGCCUCGCCACCAGCGCCCUGGACAACGCCUCCAGCUGCGAGCUGUGUGGGAUGGACCAGCUGUGGGGGAUCGCUCUGAGAGCGCAGUCUGCCGACAUCAGCCGCGCCGCCAUCCAGUACAUCAACUCCUACUACAUCAACGCGGGAAAGACGGGGCUGGAGAAGGAGCAGGAGUUUAUCAGGAAGUGUAUGGAGAGUCUGCUGAUGGCGUCCGCUAACCUGGAGAAGGACGCUCACUCCAGCCUGACCAGCAUCGAGAGGGGGCUGCUCAUGCUCAAGACACACCUGGAGGCCUUUAGACGCAGGUUUGCGUACCACCUGCGGCAGUGGCAGAUCGAGGGGACGGGAAUCAGCAGCCACCUGAAGGCUCUGAGCGACAAACAGUCUCUGCCGCUGAGGAUCGUCUGUCAGCCGGCCGGCCUCCCGGACAAGAUGACGAUCGAGAUGUACCCCAGUGACCAGGUGGCCGACCUGCGAGCCGAGGUGACCCACUGGUACGAGAACCUCCAGAAGGAGCAGAUGAACCAGCAGGCUCAGCUGCAGGAGUUCGGCCAGAGCAGCCGGCAGCCGGGAGACUUCCCCGGUGGUUUGAUGGGACCUGUCAGGAUGAUUUCCUCCGGCCACGAACUCACCACCGACUACGAUGAGAAGACUCUGCAUGAGCUGGGCUUCAAAGACAUGCAGAUGGUGUUUGUUUCUCUCGGAGCUCCGCGGAGGGAGAGGAAGGGGGAGGGCAUCCAGCUGCCGGCCUCCUGUCUGCCUCCUCCGCAGAAGGAGCACAUCCCCAUGCUGCUGCUCCUCCAGGAGCCUCACCUCACCACACUGUUCGACCUGCUGGAGAUGUUGGCCUGCUUCAAACCGCCCAGUCCCAGCACCGAAAAGGUCCACGAGAGCCCUGAGAGCGCACGGUGCGAGGAGCUUCACCUCCACGCAGAGAAUCUGUCUCGUCGGGUCUGGGAGCUGCUGAUGCUCCUUCCUACGUGUCCCAAGAUGCUGCAGGCCUUCCAGAACAUCUCGGACGAUACGAAUGGGGAGGGUCUGUGCUGGAAGGAACUGCUGAGGAUCAAAAGUCCACACAAGCUGCUCUACUCUCUGGAGAUCAUCGAGGCUCUGGGCAAACCCAACCGACGCAUCCACAGAGAGUCCACC